AUGGGAUCAUGUCAACAUUUGUGCAGAUAAUAACAUACUUUAGAAUAGGAAAUCACAAUUCAAUAAAAAAAUAAGUAAAGAAAAGAAUCUGAUAAGGAUUCAAAGACUGAUCAUUUAUGUUCUUAAAAAGGAGUAUUAGAUGAUCUUGUUGGAGAAGAAUUCAAGUCACCUAAAGAAAUUAAGUAAUUUACUAAAAGAAUUUAAAAUUUUGAAAUAUCUGGAGACAGAAAAAACAGAUUUAUGCAUGAUAUUGAAGAAGAGAUAAAGUAUAUCAUAUAAAAAAAGUAUGUUAUUAAUUAUAAUCUAGUAUUUAAGAAGAAUAAGAAAAUUUGAAACGUAUUCAAUAAAUUUAUGAAUAAGAACUUGAACUUUAAAGGAAAGAAUAAAUUAAGAAAUAAAAAGAAUAAUUAGAUAACUAAUUUUCUUUUUAAAAUUCCAUUAAUUAAUCAAAUGACUAAUAAAGUGUAAAUCCCUUCUAACCUAAAUCAACAUCUUAAUUUGCUCCUAAAAGAAAUGAUAAUGAUACAGUUUCUUAAAAAUCUUAAAUCUCCAAAACUCCAACUCCUCCUUGUAAAGAUAAAUCUAUUUCAUCCUAAUCUGAUAUUAUGAGAAAAAGUGCUUUAAUGAAAAUAGUUUAAGUAAGAGAAGAAUUAGCCAGUAAUAAUGCAAGUAAAGGAUCUUCUAAAAAAAAAAUGAUGCUUGAUGCUUAUGAAAAAAUGUUUAGUGAAUUCUUUUCAGCAGAUGAAAAAGGAUCAAGUAGUUAUAGUAAAACUUAAAAGAGUCAUAAAAGUAUAUUAAAAAAUAGAUCUUUAACACAUCGUAGUUUCUCUGGUAGUAAAUCAAUUAAAUCUACUCAUACAGCUGUUAGAAAAUCAAAAAAAGUAAGAUUUUCUCGAGAUACAAAUUUCAGUUAUGAAAGAAAAGGAAUUGAAAAGAAAAAGAAAAGUUUUUGGGAUUGGUGA